AUGAAUUUAUCUCUUGAUGCAUAUGAUUUGAAGCACUGUGGAAAAAUGAUGAUGGCACUAAACGAACAAAGAGAAAGCAAAGAACAUAGUGACUUCGCAAUUAUGGUUGGUGAUAAAGAAAUACCAGCACACAGGAAUGUUCUGUCAGCAGGAUCAGAUUACUUUCGUGCAAUGUUGUCUCAUGAAAAUGUUGAAAGUAGAACUGGUAUUGUGACGAUGCAACAAGUUCAGUACUCAAGCGUAAAAACUUGCAUCGAUUAUAUUCAUACUGGUAAUAUUCUCACUCAUGAUGAAGAAGAUUGCGAGCAACUUAUGCACACCGCGUCUAUGAUGCAAAUAAAGGGCUUGUGCGACAAAAUUGCAAUAUUGCUUGAGGAGGAACUGAGCCCAGAAUCGUUCUAUUCAACAAAGAUGAUUGCAAACACUUUCAACUGCACUGGUUUAGUUGAAAGUUGCAACAAAUAUGCUCUGAAGAAUUUCCAAUCAAUUGCCACUGAGGACGAGUUCAAACAUUUGAAUGAAGAUUAUGUUUCCUUCCUGCUUGGAUCAAAAUUAUUCAAUGCGACUGAAGCUGUCAAGUGCAAAGCUUUGAUUAUCUGGACCAACUUUGAUUUGGAGACUCGGGCAUCGAUAUUUGGAAAAUUAUUAGAAUAUCUGGAUUUGUCGAAGAUUUCGGAGAAAUAUCAAAAGUUUUUGGUGGAGAAAGAGGUUGGGGAAUUAAUUUUGUUUUUUGGCAUUGAGGAUAGUUAUUGUAGUGGAGUACUUGACAUUGCUGAACAUGUGACGUUUCAUUUUGUGCCAAGUUACAGAAAAUAA